CAGCCAGUGAACACCUUGCUGCCCAAUUUCCUGGUCCGCACAGACCGGCGACAGGCAGAGAAAGAUGCAGAUGUUGCAAAGUGGAAUCAAAUCAGCAAUCUGCUGGAAACCUCAAUACAUAAGGCUGCUAUCUCUGCCUGUGGCAAGGGGAGACUGUCAAAGGAGAGAAAGCAUUUCUACACAAUGUCAGUGACGGAGCAUGAGGUUCAAACUGGGAUCUUUGGCAGCGAUGCCCCACAGCGUCACUGCUUGGUGUUUGUGAGGGAGAUGCAUGGGUUGGGGAAAGAUGUCUAUUCUGAUGCGAUGGCCACACGCUACAAGGACACAGUCGUUGUCGAUGGACAG